AUGGCUGACAAUAACACCUCUGGCUGGGCAAAUGGCCUCAAGAUCAUACAAAAUACUAAGAACAACAGUUACCACAGGGGUAUUAAGAGAAACCCGUUCGGCGCAACUCAGAGAAAUGGACUAAUAGAUUCUCCUUUGACAUCAGAAGUCGUGAAGAUAAUAACAACCGAGGAAGAACUUGAAUAUGAGCUCUCUAAGCUAGAAUGUAGUUUGACCGAAGUAGAGAACGAAAGGGGAACUCCUAUGGAUGACUACACAAGAAUUCUGACCAACGAUUCUCAGAAGGUGUUGCAGAAGUUUUCUCCUUUCUUGAUCUCAACGACUGGAGAUAUCAUACAGUUUGUGCCUCGUCAAAGAUUUCUCAUAGCCAUUGUGAACAAUGAAAAGAUAAUUCUGCACACCUACAACUGGGCGAAAGACUUGGUAGAGUUGCUAGUCAAACAGAUAGGUAUGUUGGGCCAGUGGCUCACUGCUAGGUCAAACCUUCAGAUUGGAGUCACUUGUCAGAAAAUGGGCCUCUUCCUCAACCAGCCCAUGGCCAGGAAAUCUGACUCUCAGGUAACCAACAACCCGUUCAUGUCACAGAUAGGAGAUGUAGAGAGCCUGAUGACAUUCCGAGCGGUUGGCAGCCGUGGUGCGACCAGUAGUGGUGGGCCUACAGUGUCUGCAGCUCACCUACAGGAGGUGUUAAGAGAUACAAGACCUGCUCCCCUGAGGCAACAGACCUCCGACCUCGUAGUAGCGAGUGUCCAGCAGCUUCUAGACACCCGUGCCCAGGAUAAACGAGGUCACCAGAAGAAGCUGUACACAAUGUGGCAAAUGAGAGGGGGGACCUCCAAUACCUCCAUAGUUGAGGAUGUACUAGAAGUGUUCAUGCUUUACUCAAGGGUUAUUCACUACUGUGUCACUCCAUUGCUGUUCCUGCCAAGAUGGAGAGUUCAAAGUGCCUCAACACGUGAUUCAUCUCUGAAAUCCCACAAAAGUAUAUCUCAGAGUUCACUUCAAGAAUCAUCUCCGAUAUUGGAAGAAAAAUGGCAUCAAAAUCUGUGCAGCAACUUCAUCAAUGAAUACAAGCAAUAUCUUCAAAGUCUGGGCUUCAUCCCUGUUCAGAUUGUGGCUUCCUCUCCAAAAAAAGGGUUCCGCUCAGCCAAAACUAUCCGCAAGGAGGCAAACCCAGCUUGUUAUCUCCAGAAGUCUUUGCUGGGAGGGAUAUUACUGUUUGAACUGAGUAUGUCUGAGCCUUUCUUCUACGCCAAGCUGCAUGCGCUCGAGUGUUCUAGACUGGAAGGGAAGGCUUCAAGUGGACUCAUAUCUCAGUUUACUCUGAGUUUCUUGGACGAAUGUGACAAAGUGAAAGUGUUGAUGCAUCUUCACUCGUUCACUUACGACUACCACCUCCGUACAUUGACCAGGUUCGUUUGUGGAGUUGAGACUUGCUUGCGGACAGGCUAUCACGUCACAGGGUUCUUGGAUGAUUUCUUGAAGUAUUACAGUAAAGCUCCUAACUACGCCUACAGCUUAGUGCAUUCAGGAAACCUGGUAAUGGCCAAAAUGUCCACCCCUGCCAACAUGCUGUUUAACUAUCUGCUAAGUCAUAAAGAGAACUACCCCAUGAAGGUGAUAAGAGUGGCAAUGCCUGGCCAGGAAUUGGAUGAUAAUCCACUGUCCAUCGGUUCUCCCAGUGAGUAUGUGCUGGUACAACAACAGAGUUCCGCUACUCAAGUGAUGUACCGAGACAGCCAAGACAACAAACAAGUCUACGAAUAUGACAUUGUCUUGGUCGUAGCCAAUGAAGAAAGUUCAGACCCCAGCAUUCUGAGACUCUGUUACUACAUCCUGCUCACAAGCAGAAGGGAACCUUAUGCUAAACUGGAGAACGAAAGGAAACUAGGCAAGUUCUGCACAGUUUCAACAGCCAAUCCCCUGACUCUAUACACCCUAUCUCGAGAGACAACACCUCCGAUACCUGAGGAGACACCUGAAGAGUUGGCUGAGGCUCAUCAAAGUUCUGGAAGUUAUAUGUUUGAGAGGCGUUCCUCAUCACACAAUGUUGAGAUUAAAGCAGAGUCGGUGAACUACCUUGGAUAUUAUUCUUCUCAUGAACAAUUCAUGCAACAGCUGAUCAUGGAGCAAGCAAACAAGGCUCGAGGAUCUAUAGAGGAUAUCAUAACCCAAGUCUCUUUGCAUUGCCGCACACACUUCCUAUGGAACAAACUUACUUCUUCUUGUUCCACGGGGUUGAUUCCUACCUACGCAGAGUUCUCGGAGUUGCUGAAUCUGGCGUCCAUUGAGCCCCUAAGCGACGUAGACUCUAGAGUCAGCCCGGUGCUGACACAGCCCCUGGUCUGGUACCAGGGUCUCGCCAAGCUUCUGCAGGCCAAGUACACAGACUUCUGCAAGUCCUUUACAUCUCCAGACACAGCUGUGCUAUAUCAUUUGGUGCUGCAUCCUCGGGUCCCAUUAGGAUUCAUUAUGAUCACCUUAGACUCCAAUGCAUCUCAAGGGGAAGUGAACAUUGUCACCAGUAAGACUCUGGGCAAUGAACAAGUGUCCAACGUUCAUCUCCCCACUCUCAUAGAAGAUGUUAUCAAUGCUUGUUGUUAUCAGUUGUGGACAGGACUCGUGUAGCCUCAGCCUCAAACUUUUACAUUCCGCAGAGACGAGUCACCGAUCCCAUCUAGUCACUCGUCUGUGGUCUGGCGAUUUAUGAAAAUGUAAAAUAACGCCGCUGCAAUUGAAUCCAAUGGUUUUCUUCAAAAGCAGGGUUACAUAAUAUUAGGUUUGCAAUGCCAUGUAUUGUUUUGAUGUAAAUCAAAAUUU